AUGUUUCAGAUCUUAUUUAAUUUAGGGCUUUCUUUCGAUGAACAGUGCGUUGGUGCACUGAAAACACCAGCCCCUGUACCUGGGAAAACAUUAAAAUACGUUCAAAUCCUCACUAGGCACGGUGCACGUUCACCAUUAAACGCAUUUAACAUGCCAAUGCAUUUUAGAGGAUACUGGCAGUGCGAUUCUGAUGAUGCACUUGCUCCAAGAAUGCAUGCUGCCCCUGUUUCUCAUUUCAGACGCUUUAAACAAGUUCUUGAUCAAAGAUUAGUUGAAUACUUACCAAACUGCCGUUCCGGCGACCUUCUUCUUUCUGGCAUGGAGCAACACAGAGCUCUCGGCCAACUUUACCAUAAAUAUAUCUACGAUGAUAACAAAUUAUUCAGUGAUGAAGAACUUCCACCAAGUCCAGAUACAAUCUAUGCUCGCUGCACAGAUAUCGAACGUACAUUCCGUUCCGCGCAGUCUCUUCUCCAUGGCUUGUUCCCACCUCAAUCUCCGAAUGAAAUUUUAGAAAUCGUAACAGAUACAUCAGACUUCUCCCGUCUCCGCUUCAACUUCGCCUUCUGCCCAGAGGUCUACCAGCUCUACCAAGACUGGGAGGCAACAGAUGAGUUCAAGAACUGGACAGAUACAGUUUGGCCACAAAUCCAGAACGUUACGGACUUCCUUAAGCUCGAGAAGACCGGCGAUAAUGUAAAUACCGCAUGCGACUGGGUUGCAACCCAAUAUUGCUCAGAUAAACAAGCACCAAAUGUUGUAACCCCAGAAAUCCAAAGAGUCUGCCUCAGAGCUAUCUCAGAUUACGCCUACAACCUUUAUAUACAGAACCACUGGGUCCCCGGAUCAUAUACAAUGCAGGAAUUACUUAGAAUUCCAACAGCUUUCGCAAAGAACGAGACAAAGGUCAAAUUCGGCUUAUUCUCAGCCCACGAUACUACAAUCAUGGUCAUUAAGACUCUCAUCGAAGGUCCAAACGCCAAGGUUGACAGAAUUCCUGGAUAUGCUUCGCAUCUCGCAAUGGAACUCUGGGAGGACAACGAAACAAAGGAGCUCUACAUCAGAUGCGCUCUUAAUGGUGAAGAUUUGAACCUCCAAGCCGUAGGCGAAGGCGUCAAAAUCGCGAAGUUCUCUGACUUCCUUGAAGCAUACAAGGAAACAUACAACCACUGCAAUUCUAAGUAA